UUGAUAGGGCUGCCUACAUUUCCCAUGAAUCCUCUGGCUUUCGGUGUGGAGUUUGAUCACUGCACCUGGUCAUCUCAUCAGGCUGCUGGUGCUGGAGGUUACCCAGACUUUUGCGGGAGAGAAAAGAGUCUCUUCCUUUGCAGGCUCAGCAGAGCGGAGAUGAAACUGCAGUCACAGCAUCUCACAGUCCUAUUAGGCACUGGCUGGCGACGUCUUCUCUUGGGGUAGAAGCGGUCCACCCCUCUGGAUUUCCCAGGCCCGGCCUCCGGUCUUAGGCAUGCAUGACUUGGUUUCCACUACUAAGUUCUCUCUGCACUUCUUCUUCUUCUUCAGCACUUGAGAGCCCAGGGGAGGCUGUCACCCACCCAAAUACUUUCUUUUUUAUUUUUUCCGUCGCUGCAUGUAAUCUGCUGCCAGUGGUCAUUUAACCCGCUGCGAGUGCGAGGUCCUCCCUCCCCCACCCCACUCAAACCAGAAGACAUGGAGGCCAUGGCCAUAUACAACUUCAAGACCUCCGAAAGGGAUGAGCUGCCGUUCAGCAAGGGCGACAUACUGAAGAUUCUUAACAUGGAGGACGACCAGAAUUGGUACAAGGCCGAACUCUACGGCAUGGAAGGUUACGUUCCCAAAAAUUACAUCAAAGUAAAACCCCACCCGUGGUAUGGUGGCCGGAUCUCCAGGGUAGUAGCAGAAGAAAUCCUCUUGAACCGGAGGUUUACCGGAGCCUUCCUAAUCCGAGAAAGCGAGAGCUCCCCGGGGGAAUUCUCAAUCUCUGUAAAUUACGGCCAUCACGUGCAGCACUUCAAAGUACUGAGGGAGCCAAAUGGGACGUACUACCUGUGGGAGACCAAGUUCUCCUCCCUGAAUGAGCUGGUAGAAUAUUACAGGUCCAAUUCCAUUGCCAAAACCCACCUAGUGCUCCUACGAGACGAGGAGGAGAAGCAGAAAAAGAAGCAGUAUGUCCAGGCUCAGUACAACUUCUUCUCAGACAAAUCUUCAGAACUGUCGUUUCAGCGAGGGGACAUCAUUGAAGUCACGGACAACUCGGAUCCCAACUGGUGGAGUGGAAGGAUUUCCGGAAGGAUCGGUCUCUUUCCACGGAACUAUGUCAACCAGAUCCACCAAUGACCUCCAUUGUCAAGGUCAUAUUUUUGAGACUUUUUACAAGAGGUGCCAAGAACUGACAAUGGCCUCUACUCAAUGGUGGAGACCGUCACUUUAUAGGCUCAAUAUAUCUUCUCUUCAUUAUUGCAAGAGACUUUUACAUAAGAAAUGGGUAUUUUACAUUAUUGAGGGCUAGAGGUUGUGCCCUAACAGCGGAGCAUCUGGGUUUAUAAGGGAAUUAGAUUAUAGGUAUCUCUUAUAUCAGUGUUUCCCAACCAGGGUGCCUCCAGCUGUUGCAAAACUACAACUCCCAGCAUGC